CUGUUUCUAGGCCCAAGGACUUAUCCCUGCAACUCCUGCCGAAAGUCCUUCACCAAGAACUGCAAUCUUAACUCUCACAUCAAGGCCGUUCACAGAGGUCCUAAGUUGGGAAGUGAAAGUAGCCACUCUCUCUCUUCUGUUGUCUUCCUAGGUGAAAAGGCCUUCCAGUGUCCAGACUGCCUCAAAAGUUUCUCCCGAAAUUCGGAUCUUCAGAAGCACAUCGACGCUGUUCACAAAGGCUUGAGGCCCUACAAGUGCUCCAUUUGUCAAAAGCUCUUCUCUCAAAAAUCCAGUCUCAAACGCCAUGUUGAAGCUGUCCAUGAAGGUGAGUGUCGCGCAUCUCCAAAGCAUGUACUGUGA